AGGUCUUCUCGCUGUGUCCGCUGAACCUGCUGGGCGGCGGCAUGUUUGUCUCUGUCGUGCUGACGAUCUUGAGCUUCUUGCAGCCUUUCUUCCAGGGCAAGCUUGUGGACAUCGCCGUGGACGCGUUCAACAAGGGCGAGACCGAUGACAUCUGGCCGAAGCUGAUGCCGGGCCUCACCUGGGUAGCCUUAUCGAUGCUCGGGAGUUACCUCUGCGAGAUUGUGGUCGGGAUCUUGUUCGCGGUGUGCGGCCACACCACCGUGACGCGGCUGCGCAUCAAGCUGUUCAGGAAUUUGACCGAGCAAGAGAUCGCGUUCUACGACUCGCACGUGAGCGGUGAGCUGUCCAGCCGGCUCAUCAACGACUCCGCCGCCCUGUCGUCGCUGACGCAGUUCACGACGCAGACCAUGCUCGGCGCCAUCGUGAAGUUCGUGGGCUCGCUGGUGGCGAUGUACAUGACCCACCCCGAGCUCGCACUGCUCUCGACGAUCAUCACCCCGGUCAACACGCUGCUAGUGCGGAAGACGGGCAAGACGGUCGGGCAUUAUGGCGUCGUCCAGAACCACGCGAUGGCAAAGGCAAACGGUGUCGCGAUAGAGGUCUUGGGCAGUAUCCGGACGGUGCAGUCGAACGUGGGCGAGUGCCAGGAGGCCUCGCGCUUCAUGGACCGCCUGAAUUAUUAUCUGCGGAUUAUCAAGGCGACUGUUUACAUCGAGACCGUGCUCCGCUUCACGCAGUUCGGUCUUUCCAAGAUACGCAACGUGGUCGUCCUGGCGUACGCUAUGCACCAGGUUAUCAACGGCAAAUUGAGUAUCGGAGAGUACACGGCGUUCAACCAGUACAUCAACCUUUAUGAGGAUGGUUUCAAGAAUUUGGCGGACAUAUGGGUCAACUUCAAGCAGACCAUCACUUCCACAGGCAAGUUCGUGCAGCUCCUGCUGCGCGACCCCGCCAUCCCCGUGGACGGUGGCAGAUGUCUCGCGGAGUGCUGCGGGCACCUGGCCGUGGAGGACGUGGACUUCGCGUACGAGGGGCGACCCGACCACCUCGUGCUUAGCAAGGUGAACUUCGUCGCGCGACCCGGGGACAUCAUCGCGCUGGUCGGCGAGAGCGGCGCAGGCAAGUCGACGAUCGGCCGCCUGCUGCUGCGCUACUACGACCCCCGCGGCGGCCGAGUGGCCCUCGACGGCGUGGACUCGAGGGAGCUGAACCUGCGGUGGCUACGCUCGCAGAUCGGCUUCGUGGAGCAAGAGCCGGUGCUGUUCGACAGGCCGAUGCACGAGAAUAUCGCGUAUGGUUCUGCUCGUGGCAGGCAUGCCAUUUGGCCGCUCCCGCUGCACGGGCUUCUCGGUCGUCCGCAGUUUGCCAUCGCCGUGACGUUUUCGUGGACCCAACCGCACCAAUCAUUCUACACGAUCUGGCUUGGGUCUUCACCUUCUGAGAACCCUUUCGGCAUCUUAUUGAGUUUAAGAUGUUGAAGCUGAGCUGUCAGUUGUACUUCCAAUUGGUUUGCAUCAUGCACGUAGGUACAUCGACGACUCUGUGGAGUCUGCGGAUCUCGGACUGAUGUUCAUCCUGCGGAGAGCUGGUGUCGCCGUCACUAUUCGCUGUCCCCAUCGUCCACGCGGUCGUCCAUGGGAUGUCAGUGGCGGUCCUCAUUCUGUCUUUUCUCCUCGCAGCUCUCGCAACGGAUGCCCCCCCUCUCCAUUUUGUUGUCUCAGCGAUAUGAGCAGUUGUUUCAUUCGUGACCUAUCUGUUAACGCGCACAGGCCGAUAGAGGAUGUCUACAGCGCUGCCCAGAAGGCUAACGCACACGACUUCGUCACCGCAUUAAAGGACGGCUACGAGACGCACCCUGGCGAAAGGCCGCUGGACCACGACGAAGUCUGACCGAGCCCGAGCUUGGGAAGAGGGGGAGGGGAGCAGUGACCUGAAAAGGCACUGCGUUUUGCAGAUCUGCAAUCAUGGCCACACGAGUGUUGGUUCACUGUGACCCCAUUUUGCUAUACCCGAGAAGUGUCAGAUAAUCCGAACUAGGGCAUUCCAAGUUUGCCUGAUCCCCACGGCGGCAUUUCAUGGCCCCUUUGGAGAGCAAGCCUUCGGCAGGCUAACCAUACCUCGAUCUGGUCCGUGUCUCGUUGUCCUUCUUCGGCUCCAUGCCUGCGGCCCUGCCCCGCUCGUCCGUCCGCUUCCUUCUUACAUGCUUUUGUCGCCGCGCUGUCUGCCUGCGCCGUGCGCAGACCUCUUGUGCAUCGUCGUUCGCACCACGCCCUGCGGGGCGAUCUCCCCUGCCGCCUGUUGCGCGGAACCCUCCGAUCCCUCCCACACUCGGGAUAACCGACGCCUUUUGACGAGCCAGUCCUGGGUCUCGACGGGCCAGCAUUGGUGAGAUGUCUGCAGCGGGAGCUCGCGCCAUUUUUCAGGCGGGGUCUCGUCUUAUGAUGUUCCAACCUACUGUAGCCUUGACCACCAGAAAAAAAAAUCGAGCACCAGGGAAGUACCGAAACUCGAGGGUUUUCACGUGUCGGGCCCUGGGAGACACUCGUUCGACACUGCUUCG